UCUUGCUAACGUUUUAUACUGAGUGAAGUGUUACCAAGGGGCUUAUCACCUAAUUUGCCACUUUUGGAAGGACUGUGGCAGUAUCUCUGAUUGCUUCGCAAAGAAACAUUGGCGUGGGGCCCUAAAGGGGACACCAAGAUGGAAGUUGUGAAUCACAACGCUGGAAUGUUGAGCAACUACGAGGUGUACACUCUUCUACAGGAAGCCCAAGCAAAGAUCAAGGGACCAAACCGUCGUCUGGAGAAUCUGGCAACAAUAGCUUAUGAAACCAACAAAUACCUAACAGACACAUCAUGCACCCUACAGACACCACAAAUAAUAAAAGAUUUCCUAACGGCUUUGCAUCCGUUUAAACUGACUCGAGCCGAGAAAUUACAACUGCUAAAUUUGAGACCGACAACCGCAGUGGAAAUACAUUCAAUUAUCGAGGAAUGCGAAGAGAGAUUGAGUGAGGAUCAAGUCGAUGAAGUGAUGAAGAUCGUUGGGGACGUGCUGCCAGGAGUAGCAGUUGAAGGUGAAAGGGAAGGAGAUGAAUGCAAAGAAGAGGAACCUUGAGAUUGAAUUCAAUAAAUACAAAACUCAUAAAUAUUUCUAAUCAUUGAUUUCAAUAAAAUCAAAGUUCGACGAUUCUGUCGAUCUGUGCAGCAACAUAUUACACCAUA